GUGUCGAGAGAACCAAUGUCUCGCUGGCUGCGCUGGGAAUGCCCCACGACCUUGGCCUCAUUUUCGCUCCGCGCCUCGCCCUUGAACGCGCGGCGCCUUUUGACCCCGCCGCCGCGCCGUAGACCGCGCAGCACGGCGGUGGCUGCCAUGGCGGAUGUGUCCGAAAGGACGCUGCAGUUGUCAGUGCUAGUAGCCUUUGCCUCUGGAGUACUCCUGGGCUGGCAGGCGAACCGACUGCGGAGGCGCUACUUGGACUGGAGGAAACGGAGGCUGCAGGACAAGCUGGCGGCGACGCAGAAGAAGCUGGACCUGGCCUGAGACUCCGCGCCUUCCGCCUCAUUCGAUCCCUCGCUUGGCCACCUUGCCAUGUCCUCGCGGGAGCUCCUGCCAGAGCCAGGCUUGCCACACAGUCCCCGCCUGCCGUGGCGGGCUCUUCCCGGAGUGUUGCUUGAUAAAAAUGGAUAUAGCCUGCUGGAAAGAAAUGACUUCUUCUUGCACUUUAUGAAUCAGUUUUAUUUUUGAAAUAAAAAAAUUAAACAUC